GAUGAAGCUCAUUCAUCCGGGUUUAGAAACUAGAUGGAACGAGGACAAUACAGGGACUGAUUCAUUUCAGAGGACUUAGAUCUACUAGAUAUUUGGAAAUACCCACUAGUGGACCUGGAUUUAGUGGACCUGAUCUGGACUAAGAAGUCCGACCUUGUUGAUCAGAACUAUCCUGGUCUGACUCAGACAUGAUUUCGUUGAAAAUUAAAACUGGGGCAGUGAUUCUGCUGUGUGUUCUGCUGCUGGGACUGUUGUACAGCUCAGUCCGGCAGUCCGGCAGAGUUAUAGAUCCCUUUAGACAGAAUCAGAUUUCACCUACAAAAAGGCAACUGCCCAUGUUGCCUAUGCCAGGAAACGCCACUGGUCGUACUGACGUGCUGACGAUGACGUCCUGGUCGGUUCCAGUGGUUUGGGAGGGAACCUUCAACCCGGUUCUCCUCGACAGCCUCUACCAGGGGACGAGCCUCACCAUCGCAGCCACUGUGUUUGCCCAGGGAAAGUACAUUAGGUUCCUGAAAAGGUUUCUGGAGACCAUGGAGCAGCACUUCUUCACUGGUUUCAAUGUGCAUGUGUUUGUCUAUACUGACCAGCCAAACGAGGUGCCCCAAGUCAAAAUGGCCAGCGGCAGACAGCUGACGGUGAAAACAGUGCCAACCGUUAACCGUUGGCAGGAUAUCAGUGCCAGCAGGAUGUUUCUGAUCCAGGCCCUAAUAGAUGAUGAGCUUCUUGACUACGCUGACUUCAUUUUCUGUCUGGAUGUGGACUCUGAAUUCCACGGCCAUUGGGGCACGGAGUCAUUGGGAGAUCUGGUCGGUGUGCUCCAUCCAGGUUACUACAAAACCCACCGCAGCGCACUCCCCUAUGAGCGGCGGCCUAUCUCCAAAGCCUACAUGGCUCCUGAGGAAGGGGACUUCUACUACUGUGGGGGGGCAUUCGGAGGCAACCUGCAGGAAGUACAACGGCUUUCCCAAACCUGCAUCAUCAACUUUUGGGAUGAUCGUACAAAAGGCAUCGAGGCAGCCUGGCAGGAGGAGAGUCAUAUUAACAGGUAUAUGUGGAUCAAUAAGCCCAGUAAGAUUCUGUCACCUGAGUACCUGUGGCAAGACUUUGCAGCCCGCGAGCCUGAAAUUCACAUCAUCAGAUUCUCUGGAGUUGCAAAAAACUACGCAGAGAUCCGACCGAAUGUCUGAGAGAACUUUAUCAAAAACAUUUUAACAGACAUCAUCAGUUUCUGAAAAUGAGAAAAAGAGCAUGUUCCACAAAGACAGGAAGCUGUGUGUGUGUGUUCAGACCUUUUAAAGCAAGUAAAACACUCUGAUUCUGUCUCUCUCUCUCUCUCUCUCUCUGUCUGUCUCUGUCUCUCUCUCUCUCUCUCUCUCUCCCUCUCUCUCUCUCUCUCUCUCUCUCUCUCUCUCUCUCUCUCUCUCUCUCUCUGAGCUGAGCUGAGAGCUGGUGGCGGUAAAUGAUAGGUUUGUGCGAUUUUGUUGUAUAUUUUGGUUAUUCUGUUUAUAUAUAUUGCUGUGCAUUAGUUGUAGACAUGACGUCUGCUAAUUAUGAAUAAUCAUGAAAUAUGAUUAAUAAAAUAAAAAAAUUCUUUGUGAAAAAUAAUAAAAAAUUAUAAAGCUA